UUUUCCGCAUUUCACUCUCAGAUCUCGCCAUGCACCCGAUUUUUCUACGCCUCCCUAUCAUUUCAUUCUGCAUCUCAGGUGCGCUUGCGGACUUCUUAGGACCAAGUUACCCCGCACCGGUGGACUUGACCAGUCACCAAAGCCUUGUCGCCGCAGGUUGGAGAAACAUCACCUCCACCCUCCAGAGAUACAUCGACCAUGGCGACCAGGACAUCUCUUCCGGGGCUAUGGCCGAUAUCAAAAACCUCACAUUUUCCCUUGGCAUGUUCUCACUGAACAACCCUGCGGCCAGUGAGCUUCAAUUCCACUACACGUCUCCCGAAACCGCAAAUGCGCCCAACGGCACACAUAAAGUCGACGAGAACAGUAUCUACCGAUUCGCAAGUCUCACUAAAGUCUUCACCGUACUUGCAGGCCUACUGAAUUUCAACGACACCGAAUGGGAUCGCCCUCUUACUGACAUAUUUCCCACCCUUGCCGAGUUCGCCCCGAAGAACCAGGGGGAAGAUGGCACUGUGUACGCCACUCAAUGGAACAAAAUCACACCUAGUGCCCUGGCCGCUCAAGUAGCUGGAGUUAGCCGCGAUAUUCUUCCUUUUGGCUCUGGGGACGUCGCACUUCAAAUCCUUCCGGAUAUCUUCGUACCAGGGCUAGGCCUGCCACCCGUCAAUGUGAGCGAUCCGAAAGUAGUCACACCAUGUGUACUUAAUUUCUUAGAGAAUGGGACUAUUUGUACAGCAGUCCCAUAUCUUGAGAGUGCAGAGAUACAAGCCCCAAUCUUCGAGCCCUGGACAACCCCCAAUUACGCAAACAACGGCUUCAUCUUACUCGGUCGCGCGAUAUCAGCCACCACCGGCAAGACCAUGGAGCAACUGUACCAAGAGACUAUCUUCAAUCCUCUUAACAUGGGCUCUUCACACUCAUCUACCCCUCCAGAAUCCGAGUGGAACCACUGCGUGAUCCCCGGCGACCCAAGCACAACCUUUGCAUUUGACGCUGGCCUGCUAGUAUCCACCGGCGGACUCUUGUCAACAAUCAGCGAUCUAGCAAAGUUCGGUAUCGGUAUCCUCAACUCAACACUCCUCCCUCCAGAACAGACACGGAAGUGGCUCAAGCCCGUUUCACACACAGCCCGCUUGCAAUUCUCGGUUGGCAGGCCGUGGGAAAUAUUUCGAUAUACUCACCCAUCCGGCCAUGUCACUGACAUCUACACUAAGCUCGGUGAUUCUGGGGCAUACAGCAGCUGGUUGGUGCUUCUACCGGACUACAAUGCCGGGUUCAGCAUUCUCGCAGCUAGCACGAUGACAAAUCGAUUCGCGAUUGUUGAAAUCAUUGUAGAGCUGGUUGUGGAAUUAAUACUCCCCGCUUUAGAGAAACAAGCUGGUAUUGAAGCUGCGCGAAAUUUCGCUGGGACUUACACUUCAGGAACUCCAGACCUCAACUCUUCCUUAACUUUGACUCACAACCAGACCCCGACCUCCCCACCUGGAUUGCUGAUUUCAUCGUGGGUCAGCAAUGGGACAGAUAUGAUUACCCGGCUCUCUGAGGCACUUGGAUCUCCCCCUUGGCGUCUCCUGCCCUCGAUUUCGGACCUAAAGGCUGGAAGAGCUGCCUUUUUGCUCGCUUCGACCAGAGACGCACCGACUCCUCGAACGCCGGCUGGGCUGUUUGCGGGUUUCGAAUCUCAGGAUUGGCUUAAUGCUGGUUCUCUCGCAUAUGGAAAUAUUGGAGUAGGAUCUUUUGUCUUUGAUAUUGGGACAGACGGAAAGGCAACGGCGGUCAGUCCCUCCGCUUUUCGAAUCACGUUGGAAAGAGCGACUUGAGAAUUGCGGUGUUGGUGGUUUAGACUGGGUGGGUGACAAUACUGAGAAUAUAGAAUAGACUGGACAGCGCAGAAUGGUCAUGAUAAUAACUCUUCUCUAGUUUAGAGAUUGUCUGAGAGGUGGGAAAUCACGGCCGUGGUUUCCAUCACGUGAGCUGGUGCGUGUCUCGCCGAGUACACUUGUAGAAUGCUGAACAACGGCGACAAGUCAAUUAACAGUAGUGGAGUUGAUAUGACCCGAUGUUAGCAAAGGUGUGUUCACAACUAAUUGGGGUGUAUUUGAUUCUCGGGAAACGGUUGAAAUUUGAAAGUGUUGGUGAGAUUCGCAAAUUUUCUUUUCUUGCAGUCGGGCGUCAAGGAGGUCUGAACAGAUGUGGGCUCAGUGUCGACCAGCAUAGGCUUUACAAUAAGGAAAUAAAUCACAACCAAGGCUGGAGCAUCUCAAACCGCGAGGGUAUGAUGUUGUGUAGACCAAAUAAUCCAAC